ACGUGUUGUGCCUCCGGGUCUGGCCACUCGCUUUUGUCGAUCUUCUGAUGACGAAUAACUCGUGCGUCAUCCUAAAGGAAAGUCAGGAUUCCCAUUUAGUUUGAGGGUUUGGUCGUUAUCUGGGAAUGGGUGACAUGAAGACCCCAGACUUUGAUGAUUUGUUGGCAGCCUUUGACAUUCCUGACAUUGAUGCCAAAGAGGCCAUCCAAUCCAGCCCAGAGGACUGCGGGGAGGACUCAGGGAAAGGCCCCAGCAGCUCCCCCUUACCACCCAACAGCCCUCCAAGCCCUCAGGGAGACACUCCGGUGGUCAGUGUGAUUGUGAAGAACAGCGUGCGGUCUGACGUGUUUGGAGAGGAGGAGGAGGGGUCGGAUGAGGAGGAGGAUGAGGAGGAGGAGGAAGAGGAGGAGGAAGACAGUCCUGAGGGGAGUGGCCCCACAGCUCCUCAGACGUCGGCCAGAGGGGGAGGCUCUCUGCUAGGGGCCCGGCAGGCCAGCCGCAUGCCUGGUCUGGUCUGCUCAGAGCCACAGAUCCGCAAUGGCUUUGAGGGCCCCCCACCCACCCUGGAGGCUAACGCCAGAGGGCAGAGCCAAGCCAGUGGGGACUUGUGGUCCUCCAGUUCCCCCCUGGCCGGCAGAGAAGACAGUGGAGGAGAGGGACAGUCCGUCAGCACUGCCAGACACACAGCCAGCUUCCUCAGCAGACUCAAGCCUCUCCUCACCCCACACACGCCUCUACCCACACCCUUCACCUCCUCCCCCUCUGACACCCAACACCUGCCCCCUCCCGCUAUCCUCCAUGCUCCCCGCCCCCCCAGCCCGCCCCCCACCCCUCCCCCCUCCAACGGGAGCAGCAGAUCUGGGCUCCAGCGCCUCAUGGACUCGGACUCGGACUCGGAGCCUGACCUGGGAAGUCCGCUGGUGAUCCAGGAGAGCCCGGAUUCUCCCAUGCGCUCGCCGCCCAAGUUCCCACGGCGACACAGAAGACCCUCCCAACUGUUUGGCUCGCCUACGCCCUCGUCCCCUCCUCCUCUCCCUGCCCCCCCUCUCCUCUCUUCUCCCCCAGAGAAGGUGUCCUUCACUCCCAGGUGUCCCCCCCAGCCUGAGCUCCCCCCAGCCUGGCUGUCCUCCUCCCUCACAGCCCCAGACGAACAGUAUCCAGAGCACAUCAUCGACGAGAGGGACUCCCCUGAAAGCCCUCCGCCUGAUCAGACGGGCGCCGUCCCGCCCAUGUCCAAGAAAAGCCCCAGCCCAGCUCCCGCUCCGGCCCCCAUGUUGCAGGGGCCCCAGGGUACACAGGGGCCCCAGGGGCCCCAGAGCAGAGAGGAGCCCCUGGAGAGCGAUCCCAGUCAGGGGAGCGGGACAGAGGGAGGGGAGAAGAUGGAGACAGAGGAUGGACAGGGAGGUGCGGACACCUUCGGUCCUGCUGCCGGCUCCUCUCACAUGGAUCCAAAGCUUGCAAACGCCACGGCAACUGCAGCAGGCCCUUCCCGGCCCCUCAAAGUCCGAAUCAAAACAGUGAAGACCCCGACCGGCAGCAUCACUAGAACCGUGACCAGAGUAGCUCCCAAAGUAGCGGGCGGGACCUCCAAAGGUGUGGACGGCUCCAGACCCCCCCCUGCGGGGCGUAAGGUGGUGACCAGGCCUAAGAGGGUGACGUCCCAGCAGCAGAAGGCCAAGGACGGCAGCCCCCUGCCCGUGUCCACCCUGCAGGACGCCAGCUCUGCCAUGCUAGCCGCCGCCAGCAAGGCCCAGAACAGCAUGGCUGCAGAGAGCAAGGCCAAGGUGUCCGCCACAGCCGUCAGCAUCACCAGGUCUGCCGCCUUGCCGUCCGUCACGUCCUCCCCCAGGAUGGCGCCAGCGGGGGUGAGCGUGCGGAGCCUGGGCCAGAAGACCGUGACCAGCAGCAUGUCACUGGCCUCCCCCCCCCAGGGAGGCAGCCGGCCGGCCUCCAUCGUCAACAGCACGGGGGCCAUCAUCUCCCGCAGCCAGUCCAGCCUGGUGGAGGCCUUCAACAAGAUCCUCAACAGCAAGAACCUGCUGCCCAGCUACAAGCCCGACCUGUCCUCCCCUCCCCCCCCGGAGUGGGGCCUACCCCUUCCAGCUCAGGGCUUUCGCUGUCUGGAGUGUGGCGAUGCCUUUGCCCUGGAGCGCAGCCUGGCGCGUCACUACGAUCGGCGCUCGCUGCGCAUCGAGGUGACGUGUAACCACUGUGCCAAGAGGCUGGCCUUCUUCAACAAGUGCAGCCUGCUGCUGCACGCCCGCGAGCACAAGGAGAGAGGCCUGGUGAUGCAGUGUUCUCACCUGGUCAUGAGGCCUGUCAGCCUGGAGCAGAUGAUUGGUCAGCAGGACACCACUCCUAUUGGCAUGCUCUCUGUUUCUCCCUCCAUGUCGUCUGUGCUGUCGCCCUCAGUGACUGCCCUGACAACAGCCCCGGCGACCGGCUCCGCCCCCCAGCUGCAGAAGCAGCCAAUCGUCAGUAAGAAGGCGGAGCCGAUGCAGUAUGGCAGUAACAAGUGUCCUGAGUGUCACGUGCAGUUCAACAGCAGGACGGAGGUGGUGGCUCACUUCCAGGAAGUCAAACCAGCCCUCAACACAUCAUGUAUGGAGUGCUCCCCGCCCAUGCUCCUGCCUAACGGCUGCAGUGCUGCAGCUCACCAGCGCAUCCACAAGUCCCGCCCCCCCCACGUCUGCCCUGAGUGUGGGGGCGUGGCCAAGCAGGCGGCCUUCCAGACCCACCUGGAGCACGCCUGCCUGCACUUCGCACGCCGCAUCGGAUACAGGUGUUCCAGUUGUCUGGUGGUGUUUGGAGGUCUGAACUCUGUCAAGUCCCAUAUUCAGACGGCUCACUGUGAGGUGUUCCACAAGUGUCCAAGCUGCCCCAUGGCUUUCAAAUCUGCCCCCAGCGCUCAGGGCCACAUCAGCACCCAGCACCCCACACUCACCGCUGGACAGGCCAAGAUGAUCUACAAGUGUGUGAUGUGUGACACAGUGUUUACCCAGAAGCCCCUGCUCUACGUUCACUUUGACACCCACCUGACCAAGCAGAAGGUGCAUGUGUUCAAGUGUCCUGAGUGUACCAAGCUGUAUGCCCAGAGGAGCUCCAUGCUGGAGCACAUCAAGUCUACACACAAGGGCCCAGUGGUCAAACAGGAAGUGCCUGUUGCUGUGACGGCGGCCCCGGCCCCUGCUCCCCGGGCGCGUGGCUUUGUGAAGGCAGAGAGCUCGGACGGGGAGGAGUGGAGAGACCAGGAGGAGGAGGAGGAGGAGGAGGACAAGGAAGCAGACAGGGCCAAGACCAUCUCAGGCUGGAGCUGUGCCCCCUGCCACGCCCGCUACAACGACAAAGAGGACUACAUUACCCACAUGGCCGAGCAGCACGGCAAGGUUUUAAAGAAGUUCCCGUGUAGUCUUUGUGAGAGCUCCUUCUCCUCCACCUCCAGCCUCAGACGCCACAUCCGCGUCAAACACAAGGGCAUCAAGCGAGUCUUCCACUGCCAGCUCUGUACUGAGGGGAAGCGUACCUUCAGCAGCAGGCUGGUGUUGGACAGACACAUCCAGCUGAGACAUGCUGGGGACACAGGACAGGUAAACACACACACACACGUUCCAGGGCCGGAGGACGCUGGCAGCUCCCCAGAGCAGGACAGCAGCUCGGGGGGGAGGGCGAGGAGGGUGAAGACGGAGGAGGAGGAGGAGGUCACAGAGGGGACCAGCCCAGCCAAGAGGCCUCGCAUGGCCCCCCCCGCCCCUCCACAGUCAGGCUACCGCUGUGCUCCCUGCGGCUUCACCACCGACCACCAGGCGCUCUUCCUGGAGCACAUCCCUCAGCACCGCGGGGACGGAGCUGGGGGCGGAGCCAGCCUGCAGUGCCUGCAGUGUGGUGCCUGCUUUGCCUCCGCCCCCUCCCUCUCUCGUCAUCGCUUCAUCAGCCACCGGGUCAGAGACACGGCCCCUGACAUCCACAGCCACGCGUCAUCCAACGAUCGCCCCGCUCUCUCGCCAGGCAACGGAGGGAACUACGGCGAUGCCAGCCCGUGGGGGGGUUCCCCUGGGUCGCCCUCUUCGCAUGCCCUCACGUCACCGGGAGAGGAGAGGGAGGGCAGGGUGGGCUGUAAGGUGUGUGGGAAACGCUUUGACAAGACGGUAGAUCUGAACACACAUUUCAGGACUCACGGCAUGGCGUUUAUCACAGCGCGGAAGACGGAUAAACCAACAUGAGAGGACAAGGAGACCAGAGACAAGAGAGAGAGAGAUAUGCUGGAUCAGGAGGAGAGAGGGAAGACAGAGGAGAUGGAAACAGCUGAAAGUGCCUCACUUGUAAUCAUGUCUUUAGUAGUGUGUGUGUGUGUGUAAAGAGUGUCAGAGGGAGAGAGAGGUAAGUUGUUUGGUUACUGAGCUCUGUGUCAUCAGGGGGCAGGUUGUGAACCCUAGCUAGGAGACGAGUUGGUGAGAAUGAUGAGAACUUCGACAGAGCUACACUCUGAAUGCAGUGAAUUUGCCCCAAAAGCUACUCUGAUAUUUCUGUCCCUGCGUUCUCGCUACUGGAAUGUUCCGUAGUAAUGGAACGCGGUUUAGUUUGAACCUUUUUAUGACUCUUGUUAGGCAGAAGCACAAUGUUCCAUGAGUGACAGCAGGUGAGGCUAGUGAGGAGCUGGGAUGCUUCAUGUGUGUUCUGAGCACGGUAGACUGGGAAACAGGGCUUCUGUGGCUGGGCGUGGCUGAGGACCGAGGGGAGCUCAGUAGACAUGGUGUGGAAUGCUGAUGAGCAGAAUUAGGGUACUGUGAUUCUACUCUGUAGAGACUGCAUGAAACACUGCUUUCUGCUCCAGGUAAAACCAUUAAAUACUGUUGAAUGUUUUUCUUUUUUCCUUUAAUGAUAAUUAUUAAGUCAUGAACGCAGUGUAGACUUUUCUCUCAGUUGAUUUGUGUGUCGUGUGUCUAUCUUCUCAAGCUACUAAAUUAAUUGUGUUUCUGUUGGAAAUUUCCAACCAGAACCUGUGUUCUGUUUUGAUUGAAAUAAAGUGGUAUUGUCA